AUGACGUCAGAUCGGGAUUGUAGUCUGCUGAUCAAAAGUGUGGAUCUGUCCCACAAUGGAGAAAAAAUAUAUACAUGGAUUGACCCAGAAAAUAUUGGAAAGAGCACCUUCAAGUUUUAUGAUGUCACCUCCACGAUUAUUGUUGACAUAAAUCCACAGCAGCCCAUCAUUAAUAUUUCUGGAGGUUUAAAGAUCGGUGACAACAUUACAGUAGCGUGUUACACCUUACACACCUGUCCAUACAGCAAACCAAACAUCAUUCUGAAGGGUAUUGAAGGAUCUGAUAAUGUAGAUGAUGUCGAUAUCAAAAAUGGUCAAUGGAAAAUCACUUUGACACGCACCGGUGUUGUGAAGGCUGAACGCUCAGAUAUUGAGUGUACUGUAACACAUCAUGGAGGCAGAACAACAAGAGCUACAAAAUCACAAAGUGCAAAAUGUGUCUAUUAUAAUAUAACCAUUGAGCCUAAACUGGCAGCAGAUAUCAUAGAUGGUGUUGAUAUGAACUUCACUUGUACCGUCCAUCAUUCCUGUCAGAUGAAUCCUCUGAUCCUCUCCUGGAACUAUGAGAAUAUGUCGGUCAAUUAUGAUAUGAAACAACUUACAGAAUUUGAAUUGGCCACCUUUUCCACCAUAACAUUUUUGGGGGAAAAGAAAGAUGAUGGGAAGAAGUUAAUCUGCACUGCAAGUAUUCCUGGACAGAAUAUCACAGCAUCUGUCGACUUACAUGUACACCAUUCUUCAAAACCAGUGACUCCAGUCCAGAGUAAAUUUGUUUCCCAGAAUGAACCUGAUGGGAUGACCUUUGACUUGAAGACAAUUGGGCUUUACAGUCUAGCCUUCUCAUUUGCCUUGCUUCUGAUUUGCAUAUUUGCUGCAGUCAUCAUAUACAAGAAGUGUAACAGGUCAAAUGAUCUGUAUGCAUCAUCAGCCGACGAGACUAUUUUUAAACCCGUAUACCAUCACCAAAGAGGUAUUGUGCAUCUCUAAAGUCAGUCUGUAAAACUAUAAUUUGUUUCAAAAAAAUAUUUUUUGUGCAGUAUUAUAGUAUUAAAGAGUAACCUGACUAUAACCAC